CCGAGCGGCCUGGCCGGGCGCGACUGAGACGCGGGCGGUGGAUACGGCUCCGCACUGCCUCGCCGGGAUCAGAACGCGCCGCGGCCCGGGGGAAGCGGGGCGGGUCCGGUUUCCCCGCCGGACGCCGCCCCGAGGGGAUGUUUCACCGAAAAAUGGCCAAGAAGUAUUUUUCUCCCAUGAACUUUAUGAAAAAUAUUCCUUGUCUCCGAGCCUCUCCGAACUCUGGCAUUUAUCAAACAGAGAGGCAAAGAAAAAUGUGGAGGCAUUGGCAAACUCUUCAGAAAACAGACAGAUCUGUAGCGUGCAAGCUGCAGAUUCACUUGAGGUGGAGGCUAAAAGCCCAGCUGAUGAUCAUCCUUUUCCAGAGCCCAGAGUCCCCUAUCCAUUCACCUCUUGUUUGUCUGAGAAGGAGCAGAAAACAUACUUGUAUCUGAUGACUAAGUUCUCGAAAAAAAUAAACCAUUUCCAAGUUAGUGCAGCAAGUCAGAGGGAAUUUUUCACUUAUAUGCAAAUGAAAGAAGUAGUAAACAAUGAAAUUGCAGAAUUUAUGAAAUUUGCUCAAAAUGCUGCAAAAAGCUGCGCCCAAGAUUAUGACACCAUCUCUGAAGAUGCACUGCGUUAUACUGAGGAGUUGCUACGUGCAUGUAUUGGGCAUGUGCAGAAGUAUCCAGMGUUUUACACCCUCCAUGAGAUCAUGAGUAUCAUGGGAGGAAAGUUUCAUACACAGCUGACCUUUAAGCUGGAAAAAAAUCUUCUUGCAAUGGGUACAGCAAGACGGGGUAAAACAGAUUUCCCUUCCAUGCCUGUUCAACUGCCCACAGAUUAUAGCACUGUCACAUCUGUUAUAACACCAGAAAAAAAGGCUGAUGUUAUGCAUAGUGAUAUUAGUUCAGAUUCAAAUGCAGAAAAACUUGCUUUGAAAUACUAUCCUCAAGUUGUUUUAAGUAAUCAAUCAUUAUUUACUUUACUGAAUAAUCAUGGACUAAACUACAAGGAACAAUGGGAAAUUCCAGUUUGUGUUAAAAUGAUCACUGUUGCAGGUAGCAAACCWGCUAAAGUGGUUUAUGUUAAUUCACCUCUGCUGAGAAAAGAAAUGACAGUAAGAGAGAGGAAUCAAAUCUUCCAUGAAAUUCCAAUGGAUUUUCUAGCAACUAAAACAUCUUACGUUUCAAUUUCUGAUGUAUCGAUGGACAAACCAGCUGAGGACAGCCUGUUUCAGUGGGAUGUGUGUUCUGAUACCUACCAGUGCAGGACAAUUCCUCUUCCAGAUGACACAGGGAUGGACUUCGAUGAUGAUGUUACAGAACUUGAAACUUUUGGAGCAACAACAAACCUCUCAAGAACUUCUAAAAUGGAAAGUACUUUUCCUGUGGUUACUAACACUGCUAAAAUUUUAUCUCAUGGUCUGAAAACGGGGGACAAAGAUUCAUCCACCAUGAACAGUGGAGAUGAAGAGGAGAAAAACACCCUUUCUGAGCAAGAAGGUUCAGCAUGUGCCAGCACGCAGUUUCCAUCAUUAGGUGGCACUUCAUGCAUCAGCCCUCAAGAAAAUCCACCUUGUAAAAGCUUUCAGUCAGUGGAGGUAGGACUAAACAAAGCACAGCAUGUCAUGACUAAAGAAGUGUUGGACAAUGAAACAAAAUUAAAUCCUCCAUCCAAUGGAGGGAGUUCUGAGAAAGAGCCUGAUGCUGCACAGAAAAGAGAGACUUACAGUUCUUUAUGCAGUAGUGACACGGAUGAAGAGCGUUUGGUGAUUGAUUCAGAAUGUAAAACCACUGCUUGUUGCAAACCAGCUGUAUCAACCACCGUUUCUUAUAGCUCUGCAGAGACUGCCAGUUCUCCUUCCCCUGCUCAGAGUCCUUUAGCAAGCACCAYUGACUGCUCAGAUACCAUGGAUCAGGGGAAAAAAGCCUCCAAGAAACCUACAAGAAAGUUAUCCAAAGAAUUGGAUCCUGUUGGGCARAUUUUGAAAAUGCAAACUGAACUUCUCAAGUCCCCUUCUCGAAAAGCUCCUGAGCCAGUGGUGAGCUGUGAUAAUUCUAAUGCUCUACCAACACAGGUGCUUCAGUCUCCAAAAACCUUGGUGACCUCCAGCACAGAAACUGUGCCUGCCCCAGCCUCCAAUCCCACUGGCUCCUCUAGAAAUAACUGGACUUGGCUUUUUGAGGGACUGCCAAAGGGAAAGCUGCCAAGUGAACUUCAGCUCCUUGAAGAAGACCCUUCAGAGUAUCAAGCACCUGAGGAAGGCAAUGUUGUGUAUAAGCUCUUCAGUUUGAAUGAUCUGUUGUUACUUGUGCGGUGCAGUGUGCAGAAAGUCAAGUCACUGCCACGAUACCAAAAAAAGAAAAAAGCCCAAAAGCUGACUCCCAUAUUCCUGUUGCCAAAACUAGAAUACCAAGCCUAUUACGGUGUCGAAGCUCUUACAGAAAGCGAAGUGUGUCAGCUGUGGACACAGAGUAUGCUACAUUCUGAAUGCUYAUUUUAUAUUGGACAUAUUGAUGCUUUCACAUCAAAGCUUAUUAUGCUAGAAAAGGUUUCUCCAGAAUCUUUAAGAGAAAAACUUGGAUUGAUCAAACCUGCAAAUUCAUUAAAUAUACUUCAUCAUAUUUUGAAGAAGGUGUCUGAUUUGGAGGAGGGCUCUUAUUUAUUGACUCACACUGCAGGAGAUUCAUCAGUUGCAAUUUACAAGAGUUCUCCUGACAAGACCRCAAGAUCAUCCUAUAACCUGCACAAAGCUCACUGUGAUCUGCCUGCUGUACCUGCCACUCUCUCAGUCCCAUGGGUACCCCUAGACCCCAGCAUCCCUUUGCCCUACCACAUAAGUCAUGGGAGRGUUCCAUGCACCUUUCCACCUGCACCCCAGGAAGGGUGGAAACAGAAGAUGAYUGGGGUGAAAGGACAAUCGGACACACCCCGUGAGGGAAAGCCAGUAGCUAUGGAAACAAAAGGCAAGCCAGCUAAGCCUGUUAGAAAUGAAGGUGUGGCUCCAAAGAAGCUGAGGAAGAAUUUCUGCAAGCAAAGAAAUGUGAAGAAAAAGUGGAAAACUAAAUUCAACAAAAUGCAACUGAAGUAGUARUAAGCCUGGAGAAGAGCAAGAGGAAACAAAAAAUCUGAGGUUUUCUUGCAGCUUCAGAGGAGCCAGAAGAAGCUGGCUGGGGAAAUGGAUCCAAUAGCUGAAGCAUUCUCUAAACCUUUAACCCUUUCAUACCUGAGGCAACCUGUUUGAAGGCAAAAUCUCAAAUUCAGUCAGAGAAAAAAGCUCAUGGCUGCAGUCACUUGGCUCGUUAUGGGGAAGAGUAUUUGCUGUCGGUCUGGUGAUUUUUGUAGGAAAACUGCAUCUUGAAGAGUGAAGCAGUGGCUGCCAACAAUCUCCAAUACCACGUAACAAGAAAAAAAACUUUUCAGCUUUCCUAAUUUUUCCAGAUUCACUGCAGAUUUUAGUUCUGAURUAUUUUAAAUAUACAUUUUACUUUGUGCAUUGUGCGUAAGGGGAACAAUUUGGAUUUAAUUGUUUAGAUUUUUGACACAUGGUGUCUACCAGCUUUUAAAUAACUUAGAUAAAUAUAUUCUUCUUUU